GUAGGUAGUCAACUUGAAAUAUCAGUUUCAGGAAUUAUUAGAGAAGGUGAAUUUGCAGCACUUCUUGGACCAAGUGGCGCUGGAAAAACCACAUUGCUCGUAGCUCUAGCAGGAAAAUGCACCCUCCCUUCGAGGGGGCUGGUGUUAGUUGGGGGGAGGGAAGUGUCAGAGGCACAGGGGACGGUGGAACUCCUGCCGCAAUUUGACGUCUUCAUGGACCAAUUGACGGUCAUGGAGCAUUUGGUUUUUAUGACAGAAUUGAAACUGGGCAGCUGUAAAAAUCCAGCCAAUAAAGUGGUACUGAACUAUUUGUUGGACGAACUGAAAUUGAGAGCGCAUUCUAAAACUAGCAUAAGCUCACUUUCUGGGGGCGAAAAGCGGUUACUGUCAUUGGCUACUUCGCUGCUAUCCAGUCCACAAAUCCUCAUUUGUGACGAACCUACAACGGGCCUGGACAGUUACAACGCCGCCCUGGUGGUGGAGACCCUGAAACGGCUGUCACUCUGCGGGAAGGUGGUCAUAUGCUCCGUCCACCAGCCCUCCACCGAUCUGUUCAAAGAGUUCAACUCCAUCUUGCUGAUGGCUGAUGGGAAGCUAUUGUUCCAUGGGAGCCAAGAAGACUGUAGCGAGUUGUUUAGAAGCAUCAAUCUACACUGCCCAGUGAAUUACAAUCCGGCAGAGUUCUACAUACGUGCCGUGUCCCGUCUAUGUGGGACAGGUGGGAAGGAUGAGUCCCAGAAAAUCCUGGACUCGUACCACGAGAGGUACAAACGGGACGAGACGAGUGUUUCAACUGUGAAAUCUGCUAUAGCCUCCUCCAUGGUGAUAGGCACCUGCUACGUAGGCGCGUCAGGUUCCACCCAGCGCGGGAUCCAGGACAUCCGAGGGCUCCUCUGGCUGAUGACCAGCGAAGUGUGCUUCGCCUUGUCCUACAGCGCGAUGUAUACCUUCGAAGCUGAACUGAGUUUGUUCAAGAGAGAGGUCGGGGUGUACAGCUGUUCUUCGUAUUUGGUCGCUAGGUUUAUUAGCUUUAUACCCCAGUGCGCAGUAUGGCCUCCAUCACUGGUGUUCAUCACGACACUAGCCGUGCAGCUGCCAAACCACAUGGUGACAGCUUUGAAGUUCUGCCUGAGCCUCUGUGUUGCUGGCAUCACUGCUACUGCUUAUGGUCUGGGCAUGGGUGCGCUGUUCACGUCAUCGAACAUCAUCAGUGAUGUCAUGCCCUGCGCUGACCUGCCACUCUUCCUGAUGGCGGGUGCGUUCCUGAGGUUAUCGUCACUGCCGAUGUGGCUUCAACCAUUGAGGUUCAUAUCCCACUUCUACUACGCCAUGGAUGCUGUCAGCAAUGUUUAUUGGAGGCAGAUUGAGCAUAUUGAUUGCGAAACCAACGUCACGUCCCUAUGUGUCACAAAUGGCGCCACUGUGUUAUCAGAAAGUGGAUACUCCUCGGACUUCGUACUUCAGGACUCGCUGGGACUUCUGUUCGUGACUGUACUCUGGAGUCUGCUGGCCUAUUUUGGGUUAAAGAGAGAGGAAAAGAAAGGCUAUGCGUACUAAAAUAUUAUUUAAUUUUAUUGUUGAACAGUUAACAUUGAAAUAUUAAAAAGUAAAACUAUAAAAAUAUUUUUUCAGUCUCUAUUUUUUGUGAUCGAGACAUUCAAAGCCGUAGUGCUUGUACAGAUGACGGCAAUCGGCAUAUAAAGCUAAAACACAUUUUUUCAUAGCUCGCAGAUGCAACACGGGCGGUGCUGUACUUAAAUACUAUGGAAAAUCAUUGCCAAAAAUUGUCAAGAAGCUCUUUCUUUUUAUAAUCGGGUCAUAACGAAUAAUUUCUAAAAUAACUACUAACAGUACUAACUAUUGAACUAACAUGUAUUAAUACACCGGAGUUCCCUUACUCCUCCUGAUGACCAUCCAAUAAGCAAUUAGAUGGAAUACCGCGUACAUAGUCAUCAAACAGCCACAGUUUCUCCAAAAGUUGGCUUCACUGAACCCAAACCGUAUCAGUACAUCUGGCCCGCUCCUGAUGCACGGUCUAUCCUGGAUUCCCACACACUGGAUAGUCCUUAUAGAGUCCCAUUGUAAGAUGGAAAUAGAUUCCACACCGUAGUAGAAGCCAGAAAUGAAUUUCAGCCAAGAGAAGUAGGCAGGGGUGCUUGCUAAGUUGAGGUAGAUACCGGAGAACAUGAUACCUAUCAGGUCGAAGGGAACCGCUAUGAGGGCAGCUGUCUCCAGCUUGUCAAAUACUGCU